AGGUGCUGAAGGAAAGCGGACCCCCGCACAUGAAGAGUUUCCUCACACGUGUGACAGUAGGAGAGUUCUCGGCCGAGGGCGAGGGGAAUAGUAAGAAACUCUCCAAGAAGAGAGCAGCCCUCUCCAUUCUACAGGAGCUGAAGAAACUGCCAGUGCUUCCUGUUGUGGAGAAACCCAAAGUGCAUUACAAGAAGCGGCCCAAGACCAUAUUAAAGACAGGACCAGAGUACGGACAGGGCAUGAACCCUAUUAGCAGACUGGCUCAGAUCCAACAGGCCAAAAAGGAGAAGGAGCCUGAAUACAUGCUGCUUUCAGAGAGAGGGAUGCCUCGUCGAAGAGAAUUCAUCAUGCAGGUGAAAGUAGGCACUGAAGUGACCACAGGAACUGGACCCAACAAGAAAGUGGCCAAGCGUAAUGCAGCUGAAGCCAUGCUGCUUCAACUGGGAUACAAGGCAUCGACUCCAUUACAGAACACUCCGGAAAAGAUGGACAACAAAGGCUGGAAUGGACAAAGGGCUGCUUUUCCUGAAACAACGAGCAACACACAAAAAGGAAUUCUUCACCUUUCCCCGGACGUGUAUCAAGAAAUGGAAGCAAGUCGCAACAAAGGAGUCCCCGGUGCUCCUGGAAACUUCCCAACAGCCAAAGAGAUUGGCCAAGGGUCAGCAGGGCCAUUCUGCACCCCAUCGGUGGGCAACACUGCAACCAUCGCGAAGGAGCUGCUGCUGAGCGGGACGUCACCCACCGCUGAAGCCCUCGUCCUAAAGGGAAAAGCACCUGCUUUGGCCUGUGGCUCCAUCCAGCCUUCCCAACAGCUGGAGUACUUGGCUCACAUUCAAGGUUUCCAGGUGCAGUACUCAGACCGGCAAACUGACAAAGAGUUCAUGACUUACCUGACCCUCUCACCUGUGCAGAUGACCUUUCACGGCAUUGGGAGCUCCAUUCCAGCUAGCCAUGACCAGGCUGCUCUGAGUGCCUUGAAACAGCUGUCAGAACAAGGACUGGACCCGGUGGACGGACCAAUCAAGGUAGAAAAUGGAUCAUGUGACAUACAAGCGAAGCGUCUAGCCGAGAGGACGGAGAGCAAACCGACUAACUCAGGCACCACUGCUCAGGACUGCAAGGAUUCAAAGGCUGUCGUCUAGGAGCUGAACCCACCCUUAUACCCCGUCCCACCCUGAUAGCCCCCACGACCGCCGCUGCAUCCUUCUACACGUGUCAACAUGCAAUAUGGUGGAUGUGUCUCAUGAAAAAAAAAAAAUGAAAAAAAAAAAUGCAUUCUUUGAGUCUAUGUGAAGACAACACUAUCUUAACACAACAUUUAUUUACUCUAGAAUUAACUAAAAAAAAAAAGCAAGCAAACUUUAAAAAAAAAAGAUAAAAAUGUAAUGCAUGGUAAUGUUUGAAAAUUGAGGGAAAUUUCCCCAUUUGAUAGAUGUUUGAGUAUUAUUUUCACCUUGCCUCCAAGUGGAUUUAAACAGGCUUAUGUCAUGCCAUUAGUAUAAAGGAAAACAUUAUUGGGGGAAACCAAGUUGUGUAUCUUAUUUGGGGGGGUUCUAUUAUUUUCCUUUUCUCUUUAAUCUAUGAAUAAUAUUGCUUGAGUAUUUAAGGAUUAACCGAUGCCAGUGCUGUGAAGUUGUAGUUGUUGUCUUCAUAUAUAGUCACCCGGCUUACCGUGUAUGCUGACAUAAAGCAUUCAUCUAUCUUUAUGGAUGUAUAUGACUUGUAGAGUAUCUUAUGCAGAGGAAAAGAAAAACCUAUAAUACGAGUGUAAACCAAUGGAUAAAACUGACGCUAGAGGUCAACAGCACAGAAUCAUGAUGCGACUGUUGUCCGCUCUUGCCUUCUCGAAACGCUCCUACGAUUCUUGUCAGAGGCCCUGCGUAGUGAUCGGUGCCUCUUUAGCGCAGUCCUGUUUGACAAUUGUUUUCUUCUUCCUUCAGUUUUGUCCAGCACAUCUACACCUAUGUUGUGUGUUGUAUUGACUUGAUACAUCAACUGAGUGCUUUUAAGGACUGCAUUCUGGAGAAAACAAACGCUGGGCUCAAUAUACCUGUUGUCUUUUCAGAAAGGAUCAAGUUAAAGUACCGUUAACUCGUAGGAAGCGCGUUUUUCUCUCCCUCAUGGAAUACAGUCUAAUAACAUGUCAGUUAGUUCAAAUGCAGUAAAAUCACAUCAGUUAUGUUCAAGA